AUGGUCCGAAUCAAGGAGAGGUAUAUCCUCGUCAACAUUCUUUACCCACCUGACGCGUCAAAGCAACAGGCGACCAAUGUUCCGGAUUUCGUAGUCAUGCAUCAGCCCACGACGGGGCAGCUUACUCCCCAGUCACUGCUGAAGGCGCUCCGAGCUGAAGUUGCUACGCUGUUUGGCGAUUACGGCUCUGGUGCCAUUGAAGGAAACCUAUCAACCUAG